UAACAAUAAGAACCAAUAGGAUGUUUCAUAGUAGGAGGAAUACAGCUAAACAGACUAGAAAAUCUUGUUUCAGAUAAUAUACAUGUGAGGAGUUGCCUCUAUGAAUUUGAUGUCCUUCUAUUUUUCUAUUUCAGCAAAGCAUUAAUUCUGUUGUGGAUUAGAUUCUGAUCAGCCCAUGUUGUGUUACCUGAGAACACGGCUCUGAAAGCCUGAGUACUGUACUGAUACAGCCAUGAGUAAGCCAAAUUCCUCUGCUUCAGUUCACAAAGUGGAAAAGGAAGGUCCGCCCGCAGAAGUCAUUCCGUACGGUGAAUCAAGGGUUAUGAAGACAAAUAAUGCAACUCCAGAGGAGUACAGAAAUAAUGUGAUGGACCCUCACUUACCUUCCCAGCCAAGACAGUGGAUACCAGGCAUACGAAAAGAUGAUGAAUUCUUCCAUUUUGUCAUUCUUUGCUUUACCAUUGGAACCUUAUUAGUUUGCUAUCACAAAUAUAAUGAUUGGAUCUUUUCCAUUGGUAUUGGUUUGAUGACCUUUGCAGCCCUAGAAAUAACUGGAAUAUAUUUUGGCCUAAUGCAACGCAUUUGCAAUAUCCUGAAAAGUUUUAUGCAUCUAACUCCAUUAUUCAAAAUACCUGGUUUCAAAAAGAUUGUGUAAAGGGAAGAUUACAAGACAGCUGAACAAAUCUUAUUUCUGUGUUAUUUUUGUUUUAUUAGUAACAAAGUGUCAUGAGGGCUAUUAUGGCUAAUCUAAAGAAAUGUGCUUAAUAGUACAAAUGUGAAUUAUUAUUAUUUAAUUGGGAAGGAAGAACUGUGCCUCCUUGGUUACUUUCUUCCUAUUGAAAUAUGUUGUGGCUCAGCUACAGAACUGUGUGAGAAAAAUUCUGUCCUCAUGAUGAUUGAAUGUAUGUCUCUGCACCACUACCUCUGUCAUUCUUUAACAAUAUAACAAACAAUUUAACAAUAUAACAAACAAUUUUCUCAGCCAACAUAGUUAUUCAAACAGCUCACUAUAUGAUGAAAGCUGCCAUUUGGAGCAACUUUAAAGUGGUCUCUACACAGCACCUCUGCCAUUGCUGCUGCUAACGGCAAGAAGCACAUUUUCAAGUGGUGGCUUUCAUAUUUAGAGGUUGGGGGAGAGCAACUGUUCAUAAGCAGCACCUCAUACCAUCUAUCUAGUCGCGGUUGCUGGUGUCUCCCUUGUCAGUCCUUAGGUUGUGAAACCUUUGGGAGAAGAUAAAUCACUUUGAGAACUUUUUGUAUAUGAAUACAUACGUACAGUCGUGGAUAUAAGAGUGUAGAUUUUAAACAGUGGGACAUAGAACACUGAAGCUGACGUAUAUACGUUGAAACGUCUGCUCUUUGUUGCAGUUCCCUUUUUACGUUUCAGCUUACGCAAUACAAAAGGUCCGGAGAGAAGUUUUUUACAUACAAACAUACAUACAUACGUGUGAGUACACACACACACGCACACACGGUACAUACAUACUCUAAAUAAUUGCUGCAGUAUGUCCAGUUUGGUUUGGUUGGGGCGGAGGGUUUGUGGGUUUUAAAAAAUAUAUAUUUUAAUUUACUCCCUCCCUCCAGGGGUCUUCUCCAAGGCCGUGGGGGUUCCCUUCCCCCUGCUGGCCUCCAUUAAUGCUCAGAUCACCCGGUUCGGGUGGUCUUUGGCCUGUUCCGGCCUCACCCCUGUAGCAGUGGCCAUGUUGGAGGCUGCUGUGCAUGCCAAAUGGGCCUCUGCAUGGCCUUGGAGGAGUAAAUUUUAAGUUUUGUUUUUUUUUACUUAGAACCACCCCCAAAGAGGCCAGAAAGGGGGGGGGGGUUGGUCUGAUAUCUAACUGAACCUGGGGGGGCAGUCUAAUAUCAAACCAUUGAACCGAACUGGUUCAAUGUCAAACAGGUUCAGAAAUGAACCUGUUUGCACAUCCCCACUGUUGAUAUUCUGCCUGUACGUUAGUUGUGUGGCAGCCAGAACUGAAGCAAGUAAUGCUUCAACUAUAAAAAUGUUUCCACCAUGUCUGUUACGUUUCCCAUCCUGGUUAAAUAAAGUUAUGGCUUGUUUUAAACCUAA